AUGAUAAGACACGUGGUUAUUGGUGGUGGUACCGGUUUCAUUGGAAGAGCACUUGCAUUUUCACUUAGAAAUGAAGGCCAUACUGUUUCCAUUUUAUCCCGAAACACAACGGGUCCUGAAUAUAUUUCAUGGGAAACUUUAUCGAUAAAAGGAUUGCCUGAAGACACAACAGACGUAAUUAAUGUUUCUGGACAAAAUAUUUUAGAUCCAAUGAAACGGUGGAAUGAAGAAUUUAAAAAUGACGUAUGGAAUAGCCGAGUUCGAACAACAAAACUACUAGCGAAUGCUGUCAAUAAAAAAUCUGAUGUUAAAUCAUUUCUCACAAUAUCUGGAGUCGCGUAUUAUAAACCUGAUGAUAAAUUGACACAUGCUUGGGAAAAAGCUGCAGAACUUUCUCCGAGUUCGUCAUGUCGACAGAUCACAAUAAGAUCUGGUGUCGUGUUGGGAAGAUAUGGUGGCAUGAUUCAACAAAUAAUAAUGCCUUUUUUCUUGGGCCUCGGUGGCCCUAUUGGCAGUGGGAAACAAAUUAUGCCUUGGAUUCAUAUAAGUGACUUAGUUGAUUUAUUUCGUUUUGCAAUUGAAGAAGAAAAAGUCAAGGGUGUUUUGAAUGGCGUUGCUCCUCAGAUCAUAACAAAUAAAGAAUUUGCUAGAGCUUUUGCCCGAGCAAUGUGGAGACCGGCGUUUCUUCCAUUACCAGAAUUCGCAGUUAAUCUUAUUUUUAGUUCAGAGCGAGCCAGGAUCAUGACAGAAGGCCAAAAAGUAAUACCUAAACGAGUACUUGAGUAUGGUUUCGAGUAUUCGUUUCCACAAAUUGAUGAGGCAUGUCAACAAUUUGCUGAUAUCGCUUAUCCGCAUUCAUAUUAG